GUAAGAUUUUUAGUUUUUUGUCUAAAGCAGCAGUAUAAUGUAAACUCUUAAAAAUUUAUGAACUUGUAUUUUUUAUUAAUUGUGCAUUAAAAACUCAUCGUUCUAAAUAUAAAAAGUCAACAAUAAAACAAAUCAGCUGUUAUCCGUCAAUCGAUGUCAACAAGAUUACAUAAUUUUGUUUAGGAAAACAGUAAAGUUUUUAUUUUAGGGUUUCGUAUCGAAAUUGCCGAAUAUGUUCUAUAACUCAAUUACAUUUUCACGCAAAUUAUUGUGCUGAACUGAAACUAAUAAACAUAUUUGAAUAUAAUUCUUAUAUCUGUAUAAUGCAGACCAAUUUAUCUAGUAAUGGCUCGUAAUAACUUAAUAGAAUGCGGUGGAUUUUAUUUUAUACAUAAUUUUGACUCAGGAAAUCUUGGCCAUGUCGAAAGGGUGCCAACAGAGCUUAUAACAUCAACUGUGAAUGCAAAAACAAAUGUAGCAGAAGCACCAGAUUAUGAGUUUAAUUUGUGGACAAGACCAGAUUGUGCUGGAACAGAAUUUGAAAAUGGCAACCGAUCCUGGUUUUACUUCGGUAUACAAGCAGCCGAACCUAAUGUGCAGGUGAGGCUGAAUCUGAUAAACCUGAACAAGCAAGGCAAGAUGUAUAAUCAAGGUAUGGCUCCAGUAACACGAACAUUACCUGGGAAACCCCAAUGGGAGAGGAUAAGGGAUCGUCCAAUACAUACUACGGACGAUAACACGUUCACGCUAAGCUUCAGGUAUCGGACGUGCGACAAUCCAAAAGCGACAACAUUUUUCGCGUUUACGUACCCGUUCUCAUUUGCGGAGCUGCAGAUUGCGCUGAACUCUAUUGACCUCAAGAUGCUGCCGAUACCUCCCUCGCAGUCGCUGGAUGACAUCUACUACCACAGAGAGUGUCUCAUUUAUUCUCUUGAGGGAAGGCGCGUUGAUUUGUUAACAAUCUCAUCUCUUCACGGAAUAACUUCUGAGAGAGAAGAACGACUGAAAAACUUGUUUCCUGAUAACCAAGAUAGACCAUUUAAGUUUUUGAAUAAAAAGGUAAUUUUUAUAUCAGCACGCGUACACCCAGGGGAGACGCCCUCCAGUUUUGUGUUCAACGGAUUCUUGAACUUGCUUCUGACUAGAACCGAUCCGAUUGCGAUACAACUAAGGAAACUAUACGUGUUUAAAAUGAUCCCAUUCCUGAACCCCGACGGUGUCGCUAGAGGACAUUACAGGACGGAUACGCGAGGGGUUAAUUUAAACAGGGUCUACUUGAACCCCUCGCUAACGCUGCAUCCGACUGUAUAUGCCUCGAGAGCUUUGAUAAGAUACCAUCAUUUUGGAUACGAAAAAGAAGAAGAUCCUUUCGAGGAUACAAAAAGCUUUAGAAGUAUAUCAAACAUAAGCGAAUGUGCAGAGCUUCUAGACUCAAAGAAGAAGAAACCUACAAAUAAAAACAACAGCCCCAACAAACGCGACAAACAGAAGCCGAUAAUGGGAACGAAAUCUUCAACUACCCUCAAAGCUGUUUCUGCGGACAACUCCAAGGAAACGGCUUCCUUCAGUGGCGAGGCGGCUCAUUUAGCCGACCAGGUAUGUGACCUGAGGCUCCAAGAAAUACCGUCACCAUCCAACGAAAUUAUUAAAAACACCAACUCAAAGGCUAACGACGAGGCAUCCACAUUGCUAACCGACAACGUACUCAGGUCAUGUUUGGGAUCCUCAGUCCACCUGAGCACUAGUGAAGAGCUAAACGUCCAUGGCGGAAACCUGCUGAAGCCAUUAAGAGAAGCCCUGAAAAACAGUAUAAGCUUGCUCAUGGAUUCUAAUAGCUCUGCUGAGGAAGGGGCUGUAAGUGAGGGCAAAGCUAAUACGCGGGUGCGAGUGGGGUGGUGCUCUGAGUGCCGGCAGGCCGUCAAUAGGUUAGAGGACUCCAUACCCGGCAUCGCGACCAUGCUGCCCGGAUACAGUGCCAUGCUGUGUCCCGAGUCGCCGACCUGUCACUCGAUCGACGAGUACAGGGAGCAACAGCGAAUUCAGUAUAACGAACGAGAACAAAAGUUACAGGAAUCUGAAAUUCCACUCGACCACGACAGCGUCUACUUUUGCACCAAUUGCUUCAAGAAAUACGUCAUCACGGAGCAAGAAGAGGAAAUUAAAACAGCGGAGACUUCUCGUGUGAACGUCGGCGUGUGCGCGGGCGACGCCGGGCUGCGGGGCUCUAGCACUACAGCCGCGGCUCCCGAUAUCAACACCAACACCGGCGACACCGUCACCACGCUUACAUCAAAAGAGGAGAAGCCGAAAUCUCCGCCGCUCCGCGGCGUUAAAAAGAAACCUCCGCCGCCUGCUCCGCCGGCACCCGUCCCCAAACCAGUCUACAAGGAACCCGAAAGUGGACUCUUUCUCUACAUAGAUCUACAUGGUCACGCUUCUAAGAAAGGUAUAUUCAUGUACGGCAACCACUUCGAUGACCUUGAAAGUUCUGUGGAGUGCAUGCUACUGCCCAGGAUCAUGUCGCUCAACAAUCUACACUUCCAUUUCUCCUCGUGUAACUUCACCGAGCGAAACAUGUAUCUGAAGGACCGGCGUGACGGCAUGUCUCGCGAGGGCUCCGGUCGCGUGGCAGUGCUGAAGGCGACGGGUCUUGUUCGCUCGUACACGCUUGAGUGUAACUAUAAUACGGGCCGGUUGGUGAACGUGCUGCCGCCCGCAGUGCGUGACAACCCUACCGGCGCCCCGCCCACCACGCAGUCGGCCCUACCACCCAAGUACACCCCGCACAUCUUUGAAGAGGUAAACCCCUUCCAGGUGGGACGGUCACUGGGGGCAUCCAUCCUGGAUUUAACGAGUCAACAUCCCAACUCUCGUCUUCCGUGUUCUGAGCAUCGCAACAUCUCCGCGGUGAGGGAGUGGCUGCGCUCGCAUUCAAGGACAAUGAGGCCACAGAUAACAAUGCCACGUCUUCGUACAAAGACCUCAUCACCUAGCCGACUGGGCAUCUACGUCAGGUCUAAAGGAAAGGUUACCGAGGAGAAAAAGGAGAACACGUAUGUUGGAGCGAAAUCAGACCCGGAAAAGCGGCGCAGUAGUCCCGUAAGGCUCACGCAGCGGUCGAGCCACGAUAUGAUCGGCGCGAAGUUUAGCAAAAAGGACGAGCCGGUCAAAACGUCGUCCCGCUACUUGGCAGACAAUGAGCCGAAGCCGAAGUCGUUGAUUUCGAAACGAAAAAACGUGUUCCCCAUCCGCAAGCCGAACGCGAACAAGACGCAGAUCGCGAAAGGUAAGAUUAACCGGCGGUCGGCAGACGACUCGGCGAGUCCGAGGACUUCUGUGAUGUCUUCGACACUGAGCAAGAAGUGCAGCUACGCGAGGUCCAUUCGCGGUGCAGUCACCAGGUCUGCCAAUCGCUGCCGCGCGAUGGCGUCCUCAUCUUCCGAGGAUGUGUUGAGCGGCACGUGGGAUGACGUCACGGGCGGCACGGUCUUGGCCGGCCACAGUAGCGCGCACUUGGAGACCAUGUCGAUGGGUUCCAAGCGCCGUUCCUUCCCGAACCAAUCGCCGUCCCACUUAAAAAAAAUCCGCCUAAAAACUUCAUUGUAGCGAAAGCCGCGAGCGAGACCGGCUUUGGAGCCGACACGCUCGCAGCUUACCCGGGGUGAUUCUGAAUAAAUAAAUUCGAUAUUUGGUGCCGAUAGGUUGUUCUUGUAUUAUAGUUUAUGUUGUCUUGUAUGAAACCAUGUAUAAUUGACAUAAAAAUCGAAAAUACACAAUAAUGUACAAAAGGACAUACGAUCUUAAAUUUCGAAUAAAAAUUAGAAUUAAUAAUAUCCACAGUGUGAUGCGACAUAAAAUGAGCACUCAACUAAAAAGCUACUCAACCGUACUCUUGUAAAAAUGAAGAAAAUUUCCAUAAUAUCAUUUCGAAACAUCCUGUAAGUAAUCUAGCAGCCGUGAGCUAGCGGAGGCACUCACAUCUUCCACGCCGCGUCGCAUCGUAGCCAUCAGAACUCGUAUGCGAAUAGCGCCCACGUAAGGGUGAUUCAAAAUUUUGGUUUAUAAAAGUAUAAUUACUUUGUUUGAAACUUUCAAUUAUUUACUUUAAUUUGUUAAUGGUUAGAUACUUAGCUCUGAGCGUGUGUUCAUUUAAUGUAGCGCCACGCUGCAUAUGGAUUAAUAUAAGUAUGGCGAUAAAUAGUUUUAAAUUCGUAUUGAAUUACCAAAUUUUUUUGUAUGAAUAAGUGUUUUAACUUUAAUAGAAAAUUACAAAAAUAUAUUCUUAAAUCUGUGUAUUGUUUGUCAGUGAAUAAUGUUCGAGGUGUACAUGUCUUUUGUAAUAUGUUUUUGUACUUAUAUAGUGAAUAGCACCCUUCUGUGCUUUUGUAUAUUUAAUACAAUUUAGAAGUUUAGUAAAAUUAUAAAGGUAUUAGAUAUAUAUUCUUUAUUGUUUGGUGGUGCUGAGUAGAUAAAUUACCAUACAAUUUGCGGAAAUAAUGAGAUAAUAUUUUCUACCUACAUUCAUUACAAUGCCAACUCAAUUAAUAUAGUAAUGACAAACACACACACAAGAAAAAUAUAACUUUAAUGUGUAUCUUACAAACAGGACUUUGAAAACAAUAUAUUGACAAUAAUAUAUUGACCUUUAAAUAAGUACUACAGAAGGAAAGACUCAUUUUCCAUAGUGCCUAAUCCGAGUCGACAAAUAAGUGUUUCGCGUUCUUUCUUCUUGUCAGCCUAAAAAUGUGAUUCAUAGAAAAUUGUGAUUAUAACUAGUCUCACAAUAAAUUAAAGGGCAUAUAUAAAAAUUUUUUUUUUAAUUUUGUGAGAAAUUUUGAACUGAUCUGUCUGUCAAUAGGACGUGCGUAUAAUUUACCAGCGAUAGAAGUUUGUAUGGAAAUUGCAAUUCACGCGUCCCAAUAUAAUGCGAUAAGAAUGACUUAUCGGGUACAUUGGGACAGCUUCAGAUUAUUGACAGCAGAAGGUAGUAAUUUAUCCCUAUGUGUAGUUAGUAUAUUGGGAACGGCCGUAAGUGAAACAAUGUUAUGAUCACCCGUUUUAUUUAUUUUCGGCUGAUAAUUAUACUGACACUUAAAGUGUCAUUGCGGUGAAUGAUUUGUUAUUGGAAAGUGACAGAUUGCCUCUGUAGUGUGCAUAUCGCUCGAUGCUUUUAUUACCAGUUGUCAGCCCUGCGAUGAUAUGUCAAUGAUUUUUGGCAGACUACAGUUCAAGAUUUUGUAACAGCCAGCUUCGCCAUUUUGUCUUUAUAUCAAAAUGUCCGCCAUGAAACCAAUUUUGUCAAUGGAAGUGUUAUUUGAUAUUGUCUUCUAUAGUAAAGCCAACGGGACGAAAUAAAUAAUCUAAACAAAGUUUCAGGGCUUCAAAACAUUUUAUUUGAAUAAAUUAUAUACAAAUUAUGGAUUCCCUGCUCUAAUCGUUGUCGUCUGUUAAGACAAAGAUGAUUGGUCGGAACAGGCCGAAUCUUAUUGAUGCCAAUAUAACUCAGUAUAAUGUCCGUUUGUUUACUUUCAUUAUCUUGUCUCGUUGGCCUUUGUAUAGAAGUUAGAAUUAUGUCUUGUGAUUUCUGUCUUCGUUUAAAUGUUUGUGUAACAAUUAUGUAAUAUGGACUUUUAAUAUCUUAGAAGAAAUCUUAUUUUGAUUUUUUUCUUGUGUUGGCUAAACCUGGAAUUAGUUAUUUAAAUCUUGUAAGUGCUGUCAAACUAUAGGUCCCAAAGACAUUGUGUCCAACUUUAGGUAUAUGAAAUACAUCUUUGUUUUUCACUUUUACAAAUUAUUAAGUGCAUAUGUACACUUAAGACAUCACUUUUAAUUAAAUCUAUUCAGUAGUUUUUUUGUAUUUUACACGGACAUAGAAACUUACAUUAAAACAAAUCUAUAAUUUUACUUUUUUGGUUUCGAUAUUGUCUGCAGAACACAGAGCAAGUAUUCUGUUAAAAAUAUUCAGAGUAGAGUAUAACUAUUUUUUUGGUCUUAUUGGGUAUAUAUGCAUAGAAUACAUACGCAUAUCUGUCAAGUAUAAGUUGCUGUUUUGCAAACAAAUGACUAACGAUUUAAUUUGUUUUAUUACAAUUUAGACACAUUGUUCAUAACUAUUCUAAUAAACUCCAUUGUAGGUAGCUAUAACUACUUAUAAUAAAUUUGAUCUCAUCAAUUAUUUAGCUUUCGACAUUGUACAAAAAUUAUUCUGUAAACUUGUAGUGAUGUAAAUAUAGUGAAUUCAUCAGAUAUGUGCAAUAACAAAUAGUUUUUAUAUAUUUAUCAUUGUAAACCUAUGUCUAAGAAAAAUUAUGGAGUUUGGGGCAUGCUUCUAUAUUAUAUAGCAUAUCUGUUGUGCUCUUCAUAGUAAAUAUCUUUAUUUUACACAUGAUAAUGUAGUAUAUAUUUAUCGUCACAAAUAUAAUUAUGGAAACAUUGUUCUUA